UGCGGGAAACGCUACAGAACGAGAAAUCAGUUCAUUGUAGCAUUUCGAUGCAGCUGUAUUCGCGCGCUUCUGCGCGACGAAGUUUGACCCCUGCAGUCCCCAUGCCCUGCAGGAACAUUGAAGUAUCUCGCAAGAAUCAUCGAAGGGAAUCAGUGGAUCUGGUACUUCCAAUUCUUAAGCGUAUACUGUGCUGUUCUUACAAAUCAAGACUGUUUAGAUUCAUAACGAUUCAUUGAUUCACAGUUGGACAUAAACGAUGCCUCGUAAUCACUGUAACGAUCGUCAUUCGGGUCUUUUUUAUAACCCUACGGCAAUUGAUAAUUGCGUGAGAAAUUUUUAACCGCGAAUAACGAAAAUUUCAAACGAUGCUUUCGUAAAAGUAAUUAAAUGACUUGGAUGCACCGAUCUGCCUCGAACGAAGAUGCCUCUGCCAAACAUUCUCAGAAAGGCAAGCAGUUACAUUUUAGGCGACUGCAACCAAGACAAUCGCCGUACCAUGUACCACGAUGGCGAGGCGUUAUUUUGUAAAAAUAACGUCUGCGUUCAUCCCCCGACAUUAAUGAGACAAAAUUCCGAUGUGGUGCAUCAUCCCGGAUACAUGGCCAUAACAUGCAGACUCAAUAAAAAUUCAAAUAUACCAACGCUGCAUCUUAGUUGGAUUCCUAACAGUACGCUUCGCAAACAUCCAACGACAUUAGAAAAUUUAAACGUGAGAAAACUCGACUGCGUUGCUCAUCGAGACAUCGAUGUCAGUUCGCAUCAUUCUCAGAUAUCCGAGGAAAGCUGUGAUUUAAAGUACGAUUAUGAAAGUGCGGGAGACAAAGUUGAUGUCUGUUUAGAGGUAAAGGAACCUAUAAAUUGCGGGGAUUGCGAGCGCGUUUGUUCCGGUGGAUUUCCACGCAAUUCACGCCUUGAAACUGAUGACGGGAAAACGAAGAACGAUGCAAGAGAAAACUCGUGCGACGAUCAAACCGUGUUUAUAUCAGAGACCAAAGAAACUUCAACCACCGAUGCCUCUCAACAAACGAACCAUUAUCAAUCUAACAGUUCGCCAGUCACCAUACACGAAAAGAGCGAUCAUAGUAUUAAUUUGAAUCGUUUGCGCUCUGAAUCUUUGGGCUUGAAAUAUGACGAGAGUCGACAUUAUAAAGAUAAAAAGUCUAUUGAAAUUCACGAGAACGAUGGAAAAAGCAUCGACGAGGAACUUAGAUAUCCGUAUUGCGAUGAUAUCAGUCUUAAGAGUCGUAGUAUGUCGUUAACCUCUACGUGCAGUUUAUCCGUUGGUAUAGCUUCGGAUGCCGAAGAGAUUCCAUCAUGGAUGAGGUCGCCGGAACUUCUGGCUUUGCAGCAUAACCUCACAUUUCCUGAAAGUGCAACAGCUUCGCCAGUGACAUUACGUAGAGCACACAGAUGUAGAAGAUUUUCCGUUGAUCUCAGUGAAAUGAGAUCUCUAAGGUUAUUCUUUGCUGACCCAGCCUGUACCUGUGGUCAAUUAGUAGUUGCGAGUAGAGAGAGUCAAUAUAAAAUCCUGCAUUUUCAUCAUGGUGGUUUAGAUCGAUUGGCGGCGACUUUACAUCAAUGGCACCAGCUGCUUUAUCCACGACUAGAUACGGAUGCAGAAGAAACCCUGCCAUAUAGGCAUUUCAUGGUAUGCCGACCAGAGGUAAGUCGUGAUGAGUUGCAUCCAGAGGAAGGACAGGUGCCGAUGAUCACGUCGUUAGCUUGGAAGGAUUUAUUGAAUGAAAGGGGACAGGUAGAAGAUGAUCUUGCCCUUCGUAAAGGAAUAUUCUUUGGUGGAUUAGAACCUGCAUUAAGGAAAAUUGUAUGGCCUUUUCUGCUUCAUUGUUAUUCGUAUCCAAGUACUUACGAAGAUAGGGAACAGAUCGACAUCAUUCGUAGACAGGAAUAUGAAGAAAUACAAAAACGUAGAACAAGCAUGAAUGCAGAACAGGCGGAGCAUUUUUGGCGAAAUGUUGUAUGUAUUGUAGAGAAAGAUGUUGUUCGCACCGACAGAGGGAAUCCUUACUAUGCAGGGGAAGAUAAUCCAAAUAUUGAUGUAAUGAAAAAUAUUCUACUGAAUUAUGCAGUUUAUAAUUCUCGAUUGGGAUAUACACAAGGUAUGUCCGAUUUGUUAGCUCCGUUGCUGGCAGAGCUUAAUUCUGAAAUUGAAGCCUUUUGGUGUUUUGCUGGUUUGAUGCAAAGAUCUGUAGCUGUAUGCACACCUACUGAUGUAGACAUGGACAGAAAUCUGUGCUAUUUAAGGGAAUUAGUUAGAAUAAUGGUACCAAACUUUUAUGCACAUCUUCAAAAGCAUAUAGAUGCCUUAGAACUUUUGUUUUGUCACCGAUGGAUACUUCUGUGUUUAAAACGAGAGUUCCCCACUGAAGUAGCAUUAGUAAUGUGGGAAGCUUGUUGGGUUAAUUAUUUGACAGAUCAUUUUCAUCUAUUUCUUUGCCUUGCUAUAAUGUGUGUUUACGCAGACGAUGUAAUAGCACAAGAUCUCAGAACAGACGAAAUGCUUUUGCAUUUCAGUUCCUUAGCUAUGUAUAUGGAUGGAAAUCUCAUAUUGAGAAAGGCAAGAGGUCUGCUUCAUCAUUUUCGUCAGCUUGUACGUUUACCAUGUACAUUAGCAGGACUUUGUCGCCAAUGCGGUCCAGGAAUGUGGGAUAGCACUCAUGACCCUGUUAUAGAAUGCGUUGGUCAUGACGAUGCACCAUGUCCAUACUUGAACAAUUACGAAUAACGACCUAAAUUAACGAAAGUGAUAAAGGCAUCCUACUGUUAAAGCUUUUAAAUUAUUCUUACGUUAAAUAAUAAAUUAAAUACUACUCUUACGUAAAUUAAAUAAGUUCUAUAAGACACAGUUGACUAAAUGUUGUAAGUAAUAACAGAAGUUGAUGAAAGUAAUAUUUGACUUAUAUACUGUUUCUAUGAAGAAAUUCUUAAUCAGUUCAAUAUGAAAGGCAAAAAAUUGUACGUUUACAUCGUGAUGAAUCUUAUUUCCAUAAUUUCUCAACAUAUAAAUGUCGAUUUGAGAAUGUUCGAUAAUAAAUAAGAAACAGAAAGACAUAUCCUAAAAUUCAAUGUUAUACGAAGUUUGUUUAAAAUAAUCUUGACAAAUUUUAAUAACGAUGCAUCUACAACUCCUGCAAAACAAAAAAGUAUUAUGUACUAAAUAAUUAGGCGAAACUCGUAUGAUUACGAUGAGUUCUGACCGAAUACCUGUAGUACAAUUAAAGACUGACGACCAAAGGAGAAUGGAGUAGUACAAGCAUCCUUGGCUUCAAAAUUUCCAAGUAGAAAUGGAAGCUUUUUCAUCGUGUAAACAUCGUGUUAUUUAUUUACUACAAACGGAAAUGUGCCAUUUUAGAGCUUGGUACAAAAUCUAGUCUGACAGCGGCAAAAUAAAUCAAAUAUAACUUAAUAUAAGUAUCGCAUAAACAUUUAUUACAAGUCUGUUCAAAGUUCUUGGUCAAUUAAUGAUAUACGUGUUCACUUUGGGAUAUUUACCUGUGUGGUAUUUUUCAAUAUUUUUUUCUACAAAACAAUUUUAAAUUUAUUGUUAGUUUCACACAUUCGCUACAUACAAUGUAUCAUUUUCAUUAUUAAAUAUAGCAAAUUUCUUAUAAAUAAAACUACAUCACAAAUUUAUACAUAUUAUAAGUAUCUUGAUGACCAUUUCUUUUUCUUAUUUUCGUAACCCAAAGUGUAUUCAUACUAGUCUAUUUGCUCAGAACAAAUCGAGAAUA